GUCCUCUAAUUCCUUCCAUCUACUCAAAAAAUUCUCUCUUUCUCCCCUUCUAUACUUUCUUUUGUUUGUAUAAUUUAUAUGUAAGACUUCCUUUUCUUUUGAAAAACAUCUCAGGUAAAAAGCCACGGGUGCCAGUGCAGAGCUUAAUAAUCUUCCUUCAUCUCGGCAGUAAGGUCUUCAAACAACACAAGAUUCUUAGGGCGAAGAUUUCAGCAAGUCUUUAUUAGAAUGUGUUAGGAAUACAACCUCACUCAACUCUCUCAAACAAUGGAAACUCAAUCAAUGUAGACAGAAAUGAAUGAAAUAUUGGAUGUUUAUACUGAUUGAUUGCAACAUCUAAUAAAACAGUGACAGAAACAAAACAACACCACAAUGACAGAAACUAUUGGCUACUCGAGAGGUUUGUGCUGUGUGGUGAUUUGGGGAAAUGUGGGGCAGAAUGUUUUUGAGGUAUUUUUCAACCAAGCCAAAGCCAAAGCCAAAGAUGAAGCCAAUAGAGCUUAAUAUGCCAUUAGAGCAAACCCAGACCAUCACAAGGGUUAUAUUCGGCAUAGUCAAGGAGCAUGGCCCUCUCACUGUAGCUGAGACUUGGGAACGGGUCAAGGAAGUUGGAUUGAGAGGAUUGACAGGCAAAAGCCACAUGAAAAUAGUGUUGAGAUGGAUGAGGGAGAGGCAAAAGCUCAGGCUGAUAUGCAAUCAUGUAGGGCCUCACAAGCAAUUUCUGUACACAACUUGGUUCACACAAUCAAAAAACAUCAAGCAGACUAAACCAGUAAAUGUGACUCAUUCUUCACAAUCUCAACCCAAUUUGCCUUGACCAUUACGAAGCUUCAGGCUUCAGCCUUGAAUUUGCUCAUGUAACAAAAAUACAUGGCCUAAAUGAUGUGCACAGUAUUGGUUUAGAAUGUAACAUAUCGCUGCACUAAGUUGAUGAAAGGAGUAUUAUUUA